AUGCAAUUUUAAUUUAUUAUUAUGUUUUGUGAUAAUAAAUUGGGGUGUUCCAGUAUUAUUAAAUCAAAGGUCACAGAAGAAAACCAGAACUCAAGAACUUGGCCUGCAACCAUGGCUUUGGCUCCAGGCAAGCUCCCCCCAGGACCACCAGGAUGGCCUAUUUUCGGCAACAUAUUCGACCUAGGCACCAUGCCACACCGGACCCUGACCCGCCUUCGCGACAAGUAUGGUCAAGUCAUAUGGCUCAGGUUGGGAUCCCUUAACACCAUGGCAAUCCUUUCAACGAAAGCAGCCGCAGAGUUCUUCAAGAACCAUGAUCUCUCCUUUGCUGAGCGCAACAUCACGGAAACCAUGCGCGCCCACGAUUACCACAAGAGCUCAGUGGCUUUAGCACCAUACGGUUCAUACUGGCGUGUGCUGAGGCGCCUGGUGACGGUGGAUAUGCUGGUCAACAAGAGGAUAAACGAAACAGCUUACAUACGAAGAAAAUGCAUCGGCAAUAUGCUCCAAUGGAUCGAAGACGAGGCAAGUAAGAUUCAAGGGGAGUCGAAUAGGAACGGAAUCCAUGUGGCUCGUUUUGUGUUCUUGUUGACGUUUAAUUUGCUUGGAAACCUUAUGCUGUCGCGAGAUUUGUUGGAUCCAGAUUCUAAGGAAGGGUCUGAAUUCUUCGUUGUUAUGUCGAGGCUAAUGGAUUUGUCUGGAAAAGGAAAUAUAGCGGAUUUUUUCCCAUGGCUGAAAUGGCUUGAUCCUCAAGGAUUGAAAAGGAAGACGACCAAGGAUUUGGGUAAGGCCAUUGGAAUCGCCUCUAAGUUUGUAAAACAAAGAAGGGAAGAUAAGAGGUUGAGUGACAAUAAUAAGAGGGAUUUCUUGGAUUUGUUGCUUGAGUUUGAGGGAAAUGGCAAGGGCGAACCAGCUAAAUUUUCUGACCAAGACUUGAAUAUCUUUAUCCUGGAGUUAUUUAUGGCAGGUUCAGAAACAACAAGCAGCACCGUAGAAUGGGCAUUUACUGAGUUGCUUUGCAAUCCAGAAAGCAUGAUUAAGGUCAAAGCAGAGCUUAGUCGUGUUGUUGGACCAAACAAAAAGGUAGAAGAGAAUGAUAUUCAGAAACUUCAUUACUUGAACGCAGUGAUCAAAGAAACAUUUCGAUUACACCCUCCACUUCCAUUCCUUGUCCCAAGAAGAGCAUUGCAAGACACUGAAUUCAUGGGGUAUCAUAUACCUCAAAACACACAAGUUCUUGUGAAUGCUUGGGCAAUCGGAAGGGAUCCGGAAGUGUGGGAUGAUCCUUUGUCAUUCAAGCCCGAGAGGUUUAUGGGGUCGAAAAUCGAUUACAAGGGCCAGAACUAUGAGCUAAUUCCAUUUGGAGCUGGAAGAAGAAUGUGUGCAGGUAUACUGGGUGACAGAGUUGUUCACCUUGUUUUAGGCUCAUUGCUUCAUCAUUUUGAUUGGGAACUUGGUGGCAAUGUGACCAAAGACACAAUUGACAUGAAAGACAGCUUGGGCGUAUCAAUGAGAAAACUGGAACCGUUGCUUGCCGUUCCUACAAAGUGCUUGAAAUCUGCAGAUUAAAGUAAAAUGGGUUGUUAUUAGAUGAUUUAGAUAGUCAAAUUGGAACCUUCUGCAAGUUUAUCAUUUACAUUAAGCAUCUGAUGCAUACUUUGUGUUUCAUUAGUGUUUUUCUUUGCCGCACUCACUCAAUUGAGGCUUGGCCCUCUAGAUAUGACUCAACCAAUUGCAAUCAAAUGGAA